AUCCACGUCCAGCUCAACAUCGUCGCCUUCACCCCUCUGACAUCUCUCCCACCCCGCCCUCCAACGGCGUCGCCCCCUCUCGGACGCACUCUCCUCUACAUUUGCCGCCACACUCGACCGGACCAGCAUGGCUGACCGCUACUCGUUCUCGCUCACGACGUUCUCGCCCAGCGGAAAGCUGGUGCAGAUCGAGUAUGCCCUCAACGCCGUCAACCAGGGCGUCACGUCGUUAGGCAUCAAGGCGACCAACGGCAUCGUGCUCGCCACGGAGAAGAAGUCGUCUUCGCCGCUCAUUGAUGCGCAAUCGGCAUCCAAAGUCAGCCUGAUCACGCCCAACAUCGGCAUGGUCUACUCGGGCAUGGGACCGGACUACCGCAUUCUCGUCGACAAGGCGCGCAAGGUCUCGCACACCAACUACAAGCGCAUCUACAACGAGUACCCGCCCACGAGGAUAUUGGUGCAGGAUGUUGCGAGAGUCAUGCAAGAGGCCACGCAGUCGGGCGGUGUCCGUCCGUACGGCGUCAGCUUGCUGAUUGCCGGCUGGGACGACGGCAUCGAGCCGGAGCAGGAGGCGAAGGAUGCGGGUGACAUCGAUGCCGAGAAGGCGCGGGCGACGGGCAAGACCGGAGGUAUCCUGAAGGGCGGCCCGAGCCUGUACCAAGUCGACCCUAGCGGCAGCUACUUCCCGUGGAAGGCCACCGCCAUCGGCAAGAGCGCGACCAGCGCAAAGACGUUCUUGGAGAAGCGGUACACGGAGGGCUUGGAGCUGGAGGAUGCGAUCCACAUUGCCCUCCUGACGCUCAAGGAGACCAUAGAAGGCGAGAUGAACGGCGACACCGUCGAGAUUGGUAUCGUAGGACCCCCGGAGGACCGUCUGCUUGGAUACGAGGGCGUGGAGGGCGCCAAGGGCCCGCGUUUCCGGAAGCUGAGUCCCCAGGAGGUCGAGGACUACCUGACCAACCUGUAGCGGAGCAGCGUUUCGGCGUUAAUGCAUAUUAGUGCAUGUGCUUGAUGGAUAGCGGCAUGGUAUCACGUCCAGUAGAGUGCCUGGCAAGGCAUGAUGUAGACUAACUCGACUACUAUGAAUGACAUGCAAGCGAGUUACGCUCCCAACUCCGGAC